GAGGUUCAUCUGCAUCCACUCACCAUGAAGAUCCUCCUCAUCUUCGCCGCCCUCGUGAUAGCCGCCUCCAGCGAGCUGCUUUUCACAGGGGACCAGGUCCUCCGCAUCACGGCCAGCGACGAGGAGCAGAUUACCCUGCUCAGGGUGCUGGGCGAGCAGGCAGAGCUGCAGGUUGACUUUUGGCGUCAUCCCACCAGCCCCGGCCGCCAGGUCGAUGUGAGGGUGCCCUUCGCCAGCCUCCAAGCAGCCAAAAUCUUCCUGGAGUCCAAUAACAUUUCCUACAGCAUCAUGAUCGAGGACGUGCAGGAAUUAUUGGAUGAGGAAAAGAAAACCAUGCUGAAGUCCAGGAGGGUAGCGAGAAGCACCAGCACGUUCAAUUUUGCUUCCUACCACACACUAGACGAGAUCUAUGCCUGGAUGGACAUGCUGGUGGCUGAUCAUCCCAGCCUCGUUAGCAAGAUCCAGAUUGGGCAGAGCUAUGAGAACAGACCCCUGUACGUGCUGAAGUUCAGCACCGGGGGAUCAAAUCGGUCAGCCAUCUGGCUGGACACCGGCAUCCACUCGCGGGAGUGGAUCACCCAAGCCACCGGCAUCUGGAUGGCCAACAAGAUUGCCGAGGAAUAUGGCCAGGACCCCUCCAUCACCGCCAUCCUGGACAGCAUGGACAUCUUCUUCGAGAUUGUCACCAACCCCGAUGGCUUUGCCUUCACCCACAGCUCCAACCGCAUGUGGCGCAAGACGAGGUCCAUCAAUGCUGGCUCCCUCUGCAUUGGUGUGGAUCCCAACCGAAACUGGGACGCAGGCUUUGGAGGCUCCAGCUCUGGCUCCAGCAGCAACCCCUGCUCUGAGACCUACCACGGCCCCUACGCCCACUCCGAGAGCGAAGUGAAAGCGAUCGUGGACUUCAUCCGUGGCCACGGGAACAUGAAAUCGGUCAUCUCCAUCCACAGCUACUCCCAGAUGCUGCUUUUCCCCUACGGCUACAAGAGCGUGCCUGCACCUGACCACCAGGAGCUGAACGAACUGGCUAAAAAGGCAGUGAGUGACUUGGCCGCUGUGUAUGGGACAAAAUACACCUACGGCAGCGUCAUGGACACCAUCUACAGGGCAGAUGGCACCACCAUCGAUUGGGCCUACGACAAUGGGGUGAAAUAUUCCUUCACCUUCGAGCUGAGGGACACGGGGCGCUACGGCUUCCUCCUGCCCAGCACCCAGAUCAUCCCCACCGCUACUGAGACCUGGCCGGCGCUGCUGGACAUCAUGCUCCAUGUCCUGGAGCAUCCGUACUGA